AGCAGCUAUAGAACAAUUCUACAAGGCUCUGGAUAAUGCAACUCCAAACCCUUCUGAGAAGAGUGGUAUACUACGCAUAUUGCCGCACUACUGUAAACAGUUUCAACCAAAGGUGGUGUCUCUGGGUCUACCACAUCCCCUGACCGAGUUAUACAGUGCUCAGAACCGGAAGCUGUCUGCCUCGGACCUUGAGAAGAAAUGUGAUGCAGUAUUUAAUGAUAUGGAAGUCACACCAGAGCAGGCAGUAAGAGUUGAGGAAGAGACACGACAACAGGGAAAGUCAAGGCUAUGGUUUGACAUGAGGGCUGGUAGGGUGACGGCAUCUAGGUUCAAGUCAGCUGCAAGGACAGACCCUACAAAUCCUUCAAAAUCCCUAAUUAGGCAGAUCUGUUACCCUGACCUAUGCAGAUUUUCUACAGUUGCAACCAGAUGGGGAUGUGAACAUGAACAAAAAGCCAGAGAAACGUAUGAGGCGUACGCUGCACAACAUCAUCAAGACCUAAGUGUUCGUGAUGCCGGUCUCCACAUUGAUACCUCCCGUCCCUACCUUGGAGCAUCUCCAGAUGCCUUGGUGUCCUGCUCCUGCUGUGGCGAUGGUAUUUUGGAAAUCAAGUGCCCACACUGUGCCAAAGACACCGGAGUCCUCAGUGCCACUGAAAAGAAACAUUUCUGCAUUGAGAACACAGAUGGUACACAUGCACUUAACAGAGAUCAUCAAUACCACUACCAGGUGCAAGCCCAGUUCUUUGUUACGAGGUGGAAGUUUUGUGACUUCAUGGUGUGGUCUACAUCUGAUUUUUUCAUUCAGAGAAUUUUUCCUGAUGCUGACUUUUUUACAGAAGCAGUGCAGAAUGUCGAGUCUUUCUAUAGGUCAGCCAUUUUAUCCGAGUUAUUGGCUAAGACGUAUACAUGUCCAGAUAGACUGCUGUCAGACAAAAACACAGUCCACAGAGUAGUAGGGUGUUGUUUCAAAACGAAGUGA